GCGCAGGCGCGGAGCUGCCAGCCUCGGGCCCGCGCGUGGAACCCCGUCCCAGCCUCGCGUGGGCCUUGAGUGGACCUGGCCUCGCCGCAGCAGUCGCCUGCCUGGCAUGGCCAACUGGGUGUUCUGUAAUCGCUGCUUCCAGCCACCCCACAGGACUUCGUGCUUCAGCCUCACCAACUGCGGGCACGUGUACUGCGACGCCUGCCUCGGCAAAGGUGAAAAGAACGAAUGCUUGAUUUGUAAAGUUCCUUGUCGUACAGUUUUACUUUCAGAACAUACUGACUCAGAUAUCCAGGCAUUCUUCAUGAGCAUAGACAGUCUGUGUAGGAAGUACUCCAGGGAGACCUCGAAGAUUUCAGAAUUUCAAGAAAAUCACAGGAAGAGAUUAUUAGCCUUCUACAGAGAAAAAAUUUCUAGGUUGGAAGAAUCCCUUAGGAAGUCAGUGCUGCAGAUAGAACAGCUACAAAGUAUGAGAUCAUCACAACAAACAGCUUUCAGCACAAUAACAAAUUCAGUUUCAACAAAACCACAUGGAUGCCUGCUGCUGCCACCGCACUCCUCAAAGCCCGACAGAGUGGAGUCGAUGGACGUGGAUCUCUCUCCUUCUCCGAUUAGAAAGCCCGAGAUAGCAGCCGGCCCUGCGAGAAUCUCCGUGAUUAGUCCACCUCAAGAUGGACGCAUGGGCAGUGUCUCCUCCCGGGGCCCCGAGCAUCCCGGCCUGACGCCGAGUCAGAGGAGCGUGGGAAAGCCUCUCAGGAUUCCACCUCUGCAAAUCCCCUACAAGGGACCAUCACUAACACCAGCACCACAGUUGCCAAAUAGAGUGGGAAGAGGCGGCUCUCCAAGCUUCGGGGUCUCCCAGGCCGGGCUGCCCCCCAAGCCGCCCAUCAGCAUCUCCAGCCUGCUGCAGAGGCAGUGUUCAGAAGUGGGUGGCGCCUCAUCUGCGGGCUCCGCUGCUCCCAUGUGGCUGCGCAGCAGCCAGGCCUUCACCCCUGCCCCCACCACUGCCCAUGAGUUGUCCUGCCUGAUGGUGUCUUGUGAGCUGGGCUGCAGGCAGUGGGAGCUGUCUCCACUACUCACGGGGUAG